CACGAGUUGGAGAGCGUUCGGGAGGCCCCUUGUCCACCUCCUGUGAAUCGUAUCCUCUGUGUUGUGAUCGACAACCUAGACUUUUCGAAGCAAAAUGCGUGAGUGUAUCAGCAUCCACGUGGGCCAGGCCGGCGUGCAGAUCGGCAACGCCUGCUGGGAACUAUACUGCCUGGAGCAUGGCAUCCAGCCCGACGGCCAGAUGCCCUCCGACAAGACCGUGGGCAGCGGCGACGACUCCUUCAACACCUUCUUCAGCGAGACCGGCUCCGGGAAGCACGUGCCCAGGGCCGUCUUCGUCGACCUGGAGCCCUCGGUUAUCGACGAGGUGCGGACGGGAACCUACCGCGCCCUCUUCCACCCCGAGCAGCUGAUUACUGGCAAGGAGGACGCCGCUAACAACUACGCCCGCGGUCACUAUACCAUUGGCAAGGAGAUCGUCGAUGUGGUACUCGAAAAGGUGCGCAAGUUGGCCGACCAGUGCACAGGCCUCCAAGGCUUCCUGAUCUUCCACUCGUUCGGCGGCGGCACUGGCUCCGGCUUCACCUCCCUGCUGAUGGAGAGGCUCUCGGUCGACUACGGCAAGAAGAGCAAGCUGGAGUUCGCCAUCUACCCCGCGCCUCAGGUCGCCACCGCUGUUGUGGAGCCCUACAACUCCAUCCUGACGACCCACACCACCCUGGAGCACUCCGACUGCGCCUUCAUGGUCGACAACGAAGCCAUCUACGACAUCUGCCGCAGGAACUUGGACAUCGAACGCCCCACCUACACUAAUCUGAACCGACUGAUUGGUCAGAUCGUGUCAUCAAUCACCGCUUCUCUCAGGUUCGACGGCGCCCUUAACGUGGACCUGACAGAGUUCCAGACCAACCUGGUGCCCUACCCCAGGAUCCACUUCCCCCUGGUCACCUACGCCCCCGUCAUCUCCGCCGAAAAGGCUUACCACGAGCAGCUCUCCGUCGCCGAGAUCACCAACGCUUGCUUCGAGCCUGCUAACCAGAUGGUGAAAUGCGACCCACGUCACGGCAAGUACAUGGCCUGUUGUCUCCUGUACCGAGGUGAUGUUGUACCCAAGGACGUGAACGCUGCCAUUGCCGCCAUCAAGACCAAGAGGACCAUCCAGUUUGUGGAUUGGUGCCCUACAGGUUUCAAGGUGGGCAUCAACUACCAGCCUCCUACAGUGGUGCCCGGCGGUGACCUGGCAAAGGUAGCUCGUGCCGUGUGUAUGCUGUCCAACACCACCGCCAUCGCUGAGGCCUGGGCACGUCUCGACCACAAGUUCGACCUUAUGUAUGCCAAGAGGGCUUUCGUGCACUGGUACGUGGGCGAGGGCAUGGAGGAGGGCGAGUUCUCCGAGGCCCGUGAGGACUUGGCCGCGCUCGAGAAGGACUACGAAGAGGUCGGCCUCGACUCCGCUGAGGGCGAGGGCGAAGAGGAAGAAGGCCAGGAGUAUUAAAAAUAAGAAAUCAAAAACAAAACAAAGCAAACAAAAAACCCAAAAAAUAAGCAUAAAAGAAGAUCAAUAAUAAAUGAAUAAAAAAACAAAAAAACGAUAAUAGCAAAAAGACAAAGCGACUCCACCUCCUCCUCCAAAAAGUCAAGUCGGCUCUCGAGGGCGUUCUUGAGGCUACUACUACAGCUGACGUUGAGGGACCGCCCAGGAUGCUGAUCAACUUGCGCCACCCGGUGAAAAUAACGCGACAGGAGACUUUUUCCUUCUUGGGACUCUAUAUUUUUCUUACACGACGAAGAAUUAGAAAAAUUAAAGAUGAAGAGAUGAAAAUAAACAGAAACAAAAUCUGAGGACUCUAAACGACGGUGAAAAUUUCGUACGAAAAACAAAACAAAUAAACACGAAGUGAAUAUUGCCAAGUGACAUACCGACGAUGAUAUAAAAAAAAAAAGGUCAAAAGAAGACAUAAAAGGGAGAGAGUGAAGCAGAAGAACAAUAAAACAGGAAAAUAUUAACCAACCACUACAGACUUACGAGAGAAUUCUGUGGCGUCACUUCCAUAACAGCGAAGACAAGCGGCAAAAUUAACUCCGUAGAGACCGCCGGCUCCUUCUCUUUUUAUUCUCAUAACUCGAACGCCAAAGAGGAAUUUUCGAAGGCAGCUGGAAGGUCGAUGGGAGUGCUCUUACCUUCCCUCAAGUGACGUCUUAGAAUUGCAAAAA